AUGGCCCUCAAGACCGUCCUCUGCGCUGCCCUGUGCGGCCUCGCAGGCCUUGCCUCUGCUGCAGGCAGGCCCGUUCCCAGCAACCUCAUGGCCCUCUACAAUCAUGCAAAGGACAGUGAAUGUGAGAAGCCCCUGAGCAGCAACCGCUUCAAGGACGGCCACGGACGCAGCGGAUUCACCUACUGCGGUGACUAUGAGGGUGUGGUCUACCUGAGCGGUCCCAAGGGCCGUCUGGGAGAUAUCGACGUCGACUGCGACGGCGCCAACAGGUCAAAGGGAGACUGUAGUAACGACCUUACCGGCCAGGGCCAGACCUCCUUCAAGGACGAGGUGCAAGGGUACGGUCUCCAAGACCUCGACGCCAACGUCCAUGGCUACGUCGUCUUUGGCAACGAGGGCAAGAAACCGUCCUACCUCCCCUCAGACUCGGGCAUAGAGCCCCUCAGCGUCGUGGCGGUCGUUUGCAACAACAGACUGUUCUAUGGCAUAUGGGGAGACACCAACGGCAACACCGACACAGGCGAAGUAGCCAUUUCGCUCGCCCAGGCUUGCUUCCCUGAGAAAGGUUUAACCGCCAACAACGGCCAUGAAGACCAUGACGUCCUCUUUGUUGCCUUCAAGGGUGAAGAGGCCAAGCCAGGCGCUGACGGCGCUGACUGGAAGGCAGACAACUUCAACACCUUUGAGGAAUCCCUCUCUACGAUCGGGGAUCGUAUGGUUGCUAAGAUCGGCCCCAAGGCCUCGGAGUCGACGGGCGUGGCGAUGCCGACGCCCAGCAGUCCUCAUGGUGGGCUGGUUACUAUCACCGUUGUGCUGGUCACUAUCGUCGUUAUCGCGGGAUGCUGA